CGCCAAGGUGUUGGUCUCCAGGAUGCUCUGGUUGGUUACUAUGUGGUCGCCAAGGUGUUGGUCUCCAGGAUGCUCUGGUUGGUCACUAUGUGGUCGCCAAGGUGUUGGUCUCCAGGAUGCUCUGGUUGGUCACUAUGUGGUCGCCAAGGUGUUGGUCUCCAGGAUGCUCUGGUUGGUCACUAUGUGGUCGCCAAGGUGUUGGUCUCCAGGAUGCUCUGGUUGGUUACUAUGUGGUCGCCAAGGUGUUGGUCUCCAGGAUGGUCUGGUUGGUUACUAUGUGGUCGCCAAGGUAUUGGUCUCCAGGAUGCUCUGGUUGGUUACUAUGUGGUCGCCAAGGUGUUGGUCUCCAGGAUGCUCUGGUUGGUUACUAUGUGGUCGCCAAGGUGUUGGUCUCCAGGAUGCUCUGGUUGGUUACUAUGUGGUCGCCAAGGUGUUGGUCUCCAGGAUGCUCUGGUUGGUUACUAUGUGGUCGCCAAGGUGUUGGUCUCCAGGAUGCUCUGGUUGGUCACUAUGUGGUCGCCAAGGUGUUGGUCUCCAGGAUGCUCUGGUUGGUCACUAUGUGGUCGCCAAGGUGUUGGUCUCCAGGAUGCUCUGGUUGGUUACUAUGUGGUCGCCAAGGUGUUGGUCUCCAGGAUGCUCUGGUUGGUUACUAUGUGGUCGCCAAGGUGUUGGUCUCCAGGAUGCUCUGGUUGGUUACUAUGUGGUCGCCAAGGUGUUGGUCUCCAGGAUGCUCUGGUUGGUUACUAUGUGGUCGCCAAGGUGUUGGUCUCCAGGAUGCUCUGGUUGGUUGCCAUGUGGUCGCCAAGGUAUUGGUCGCCAGGAUGCUCUGUUUGGUUACCAUGUGGUCGCCAAGGUGUUGGUCGCCAGGAUGCUCUGGUUGGUUACUAUGUGGUCGCCAAGGUGUUGGUCUCCAGGAUGCUCCGGUUGGUUACUAUGUGGUCGCCAAGGUGUUGGUCGCCAGGAUGCUCCGGUUGGUCACUAUGUGGUCGCCAAGGUGUUGGUCGCCAGGAUGCUCCGGUUGGUCACUAUGUGGUCGCCAAGGUGUUGGUCGCCAGGAUGCUCCGGUUGGUUACUAUGUGGUCGCCAAGGUAUUGGUCGCCAGGAUGCUCCGGUUGGUUACUAUGUGGUCGCCAAGGUAUUGGUCUCCAGGAUGCUCUGGUUGGUUGCCAUGUGGUCGCCAAGGUAUUGGUCUCCAGGAUGCUCUGGUUGGUUGCCAUGUGGUCGCCAAGGUAUUGGUCGCCAGGAUGCUCUGUUUGGUUACUAUGUGGUCGCCAAGGUGUUGGUCGCCAGGAUGCUCUGGUUGGUUGCCAUGUGGUCACACAUAGUGGUCGGUUAUAGCUGAUAUCACAGCUGCAGUGAAUUGAUGAAUUAUAUCUGACACUGAAGAGCUUGGCAUCAUUGAUGCUGCUUUUCCUGUUUCUACUGUAAAGCUGCUGUGAAUUAAUCUGAAUCACACGAAGCACUAUAACGAUAAACCUGUCUUUACAAGUGAAAUCAGACCUCAAACUAUGAUAAUGUACAGAAUACACAGAUCUGAAGAGUGUUUGAGUUGUAAAUAAUGAGCAGUGAUCUAAACGGUUUCCGAUAUCACCCCAAUCAGAGUGAUAAAAGCA